GCCUGGUUCUCGCCGAUCUCGAGGCACCGUCCCGCCACGCUCGCUGCCCAGCUUCCCCGCCAAUUUUCCCGGACAACCGUCAAGAUUAAUUCCUCCACGCUCGCACCUCCGCCGGCGGAGCCCACUCCCACUCCCACUCCCCCUCCCCCUCCCACCAGCUCCGCCGCGAACGCGUCCUCCGCACCCUAUUAUACGUUGCAUCCACCUUCGGUUGCACUGCCCACCGACCACGCCGCACACCUCUUUGUCCGGCGACCACUACUCACCGCACACAUUGAGGGCACGCAAGCCGAGGGCGGCGCGCGCCGCCUGGUGCCUCGCAUGAGGUCAUCCAUCGCAUGCGCGCGCUGUCGCCGUAGCAAGGUCAAGUGCGUCAACAAUGGCGUAUACACGACGUGCCGUGCCUGCGAGGCCUCGGGGAGAGAAUGUACCUAUCCGUCGCCGGCGACUUGGGGUCCUGGAGCUGCGAGGCGGGAGAGCAUGCCUUCUAGCCAUCCUAGUGGGGGGCCGGAUGUAUCGCCACAAGGAGAGACUCCUCGACGGCCGCGGGCGAAGAAGAUCGCGGCUCCCACCUCUACACACUCGAUCCCGACCAAGGAGAGCACUCGGCCUAUGCUAGACGCCUUAGACAGUUCUCUCUUAACGUCGCAGAUAUGGUCAGAGCUGUUCGAAAUAUUCCAGCAGCACUAUUCCACGGACCUACCUUUUCUACAUCCGCCAACGUUCUUGAAACCACUCCGUCAAUCUGCUUUGCAAUCGCCACCAACGGAUGCCCAGGCAAUACCUCCAGCAUCUCCCUUGUUGCUCCUUGCUUUUCUUGCGUUGACGUCUCGAUUUCACCCAACACUAGUCGCACAUCAUUCUCCUGCAACUUCGUCGCGACCCAGUAAUCCUCUGGUAGCCGCUGAGUACUAUUCUGUCGCCGCCAAGUCUCGACUAGCAGGAGCCUACGGCGACUCUAUUGGAGUGCCUACCCUCGAAAGUACACAAGCCCUACUAAUGCUCGGACUUCACGAUUGGGGAAUGUGCCAGGGUGUAAAAGCCUGGAUUUCCGUCGGUGUCGCAGUCAGGUCCGCUCAAGCUCUUGGCUUUCAAUUUGAACAGGAUCUGGACGACAUGCCCUUGGCUCGGUCCCUCGCCUUGAGCACCGAAGCUCAGCACCUUGGGAUUAGCACCGAUCGUAACCAUCCCCGAUCGGGUCUUAGUAAGGGAGACGCUUUUAUCGAGCAAGAAAUCCGGCGGAGGACAUUCUGGAGCUGCUUCAUCAUGGACAGAUAUCUUAGUAGUGGGAAAUAUCGACCUUCAAUGCUUAACGUUCAGGAGCUGCGAAUACAACUUCCCAGUAGCGAGAGGGCCUUUCUUUUUGGAGAGAAGGUUAGAACUCCAAUGCUGGGAGAAGAGGUCAAUGGUAACGCCGGUCGGGCUGAGGUGCAAAACGAACGCCAUGCCUCAGUCAUGUUGGGGACAUGGAGCGGCGACCGAGAGCGGAGCCACGAGAACGGAGACAACUUUAGAGGAGCUCAUGCUAAUCAUUCGACGGACCGAGAGCGGGAAGUCGAAGACGACGGCCGGUGGGAGGUUGGCCUUAACGAGGGCGUAUUGAGCCGAUUCAUUAAGGCUCUAGACCUCUACAGCAGCAUUGUCAAAUGGUCCUGCGCAGGUGGCCGGAGGCGUGAAAAAUACCCACCUUGGGAUCAAAGAUCAACCUUUUAUACUCUUCGACGGCAGCUUGCUGAAUUCAAGGAAACUCUACCCCGCGAUCUUACACUCACAGCAGCCAACAUAUCUGCGCAUAUUACGUCCAGGACAUCGACACCUUAUACUCUCAUGCAUACUGUACAUUUGUUGUGCAGCAUUGUGCUUCACAGAGAAUAUGUCCCGUUCAUUCCUAUUCGCUGCUCAAAACCGCAAGGUCCCCUGGACCCUCCCAUCUUCUCUCCUGAGGAGUAUCAGAUACCGCCCGGGUUCUGGGACGACGGUGCUCGGGAAUGUUUCAGAUCUGCGCGAGACUUGAUUGACUUGUUGCGCACGUGUCAAGAGUGGCAAGUGCUGGUGGAGACUCCAAUCGUCGGAUUUGCGGCAUACACAGUUGCCUUUUGCGGUGUAUAUUGCAUCAACUUCCCAUGGAUGGACCCCAACGGAUAUAUGUGCAAGGCCCGAAAUCAAUCCAAUGGCUCUUACUCGUCUUCAGACCGAAGUGGUGCCGAAGCUGCCCGUAAGGCUCUUGAAAUCGUUGGUCACAUGCGGAAACGUCUACAAAUGGCCGACGGCUGGUUCAAGACAAUCCGACGGGUGCACUUGUACUUUUCACGCAUGAAGAAGGACUUCGAACGAAACACUCGAGCUCUAGAAGCGUCCUCAGAGAGCGGCAACUCGCCCGAAUCCUACCGGCAUUUGAGCCUUCGAGAAGGCGGAUCCGGUGGCGGCUUAGAAGAGUAUAAGCUACUUGAGAAAAUUCUCAAAGAAUUUGGCAGCUUAGAAGACGAAGAUCUCGACAUGGCUGACGUGGAUGGCGACUUGUCUUUGCGACUGGGGCAAGGACUUGACGACAUUAGUGAUGCUGGCAGUUCAGCUAUGAAGAGUGAUGUGGCCAUGGAUAUGGCAGAUGGUACACCGGACAGCGUAUCGGUCCGUGGAGUGUGGAAUCCAGUCAACACAGUUGGCCACCAGCGAUCUGAAAGCGGAAACGGAACGCCAGCCAACUCGAACGCCGCAAUGCCAGGUCACCAUUACAACCACCUUCAAACCGGGUUGCCAAGUCCACGUAACCGGCAUUUCUCUCCGUCGCGCCCGUCUGAACAAGCGGGCUAUUCAACAGCACCUCCCUACGGAUCCAAUGCAAACAACCAUGCACGAAACCACCUCGGACAUCCUAGCGAACAGGCCCGUCAGGCAUCACUAUCUCUUCAGCAGCAGCUUCAAUCGCAGCAGCAGCAACAGACACUGUGGUCGCCAGCAACCAAGGAAACAUGGCUGAACAACCUCGAAACGCGAUUUGGCGGUGACGACGUAGCAGCCUUUGUAGCCGGCAAUAAUUGGAAGGACUGGGCUGGGAUGGCGGCCAAGAAGCAGGGUGGGUGGCUGAGCACGGUUUGGGCUGGAGCUGCACACUGAGCAGCUCUCCGUCCCUAUUACCCUGUAAUAUUAUGCUAAUUUCGGGAGCGAGACGUUAAUGUGCUUGAUGCCUGGGAGCAGUCUUUGGGCUGGCUCGA